GAGGGGAGAGGAGCACAGCCUCACUCCUCUGUGGACUGUUAGCCUGCGCGGAUGCAGUGAGACGCCUCUCUUACACUCACUCACUCGGUCUCUCUCUCUCUCUCACACACACACACAUACACGUACUCACACACGAGUAUACACACACGCAGUACUCUCCGUCAGCUCUUUGAGACAAUUUCCUGGUUCUGCGACACACUCUCUCUCUCUCUCUCUCUCUCUCUCUGUACCGUUCACCGUGUUGUCGAGAAGUGGGGGGAAAGGGGAGACUUUGGCUCCUGAGCUCCCUGGGAGAGGCUAGAGUGGGGUGGGAAAGCGUCUGAACUCUACAGCACAGGAGCCUCUGCAGCAACAACAACAGCAGCAGCAGCAGCAGCAGCAGUAGCAGUAGCGCCGAGAAGAGUUUUUGUUUUUGUUUUGGUCAGGACCGUUUCGGACGCCCAUCCCCAGGACCUCCCUCAGGAACGCAAGCAGACGAGGAAGUCCGUAGAGGAGCGCCACCAUGUGUGACUGCUUUCACCUGGCAUUCCCCAACUGGCAUGGGCCAGGCACGGGGGCCGGGAGAAGGCUGAGAGGACCAGAGCGAGAAGCUGAAGAUGAUUCAGUAUGUGAGGAGCCAGCAGAGUUUGUAGAGGGGGAGAGACCACGCCCACAGGGAUCCUCCCCAGUAGAGGAGUUUCCAGCAGCAGAGUACAUUGAGAAACCGGGUGAAGACAACUUUUAUGACCCUCUCCACAAGACUGGCAGUGGCAAAAAAGGAAAGAAGGUCGGUUUCGGGUCCCUGUUUGACAAACGCUCAUCUGGGAAAAUGAGCCAGAUGGAGCUGCAGAAUGGGGAGUCUGAAGUGCUUGUGAAAACGGCAAAGGAGGCCUGUGCUGAGGGCUUGGUAGUCACAGGAGGAGGGAAGGACGGAAUCUUCAUUAAGGAAUUAAAGCCUGACUCACCAGCUUCAAAGCACCUUCGUGUUAAAGAGGGGGAUCAGAUUUUAAGUGCUACAGUUUACUUCGAUAAUGUGUCCUAUGAGGAUGCCAUUCAGAUUCUUGAGCAUGCCCAGGCUUAUAAAAUGGAGUUCUGCCUGAGACGCAAACCACCAGAACCCACAGUCCAGGAAGAUGUAGAAGCAGCACGACUGGAGGGUGAAGAAGGCUCUCCAAAAAUGAGAGGACGCAAGAAAAAGAGACAAGAAGCCAGAAUUUCAUGGCCAAAAUUUCCAUCCUUCAGCAAAGGUCGCAAGGGGUUUAAAAGGUCUCAUAGUACAUCUGAAGCAGAGGAGCAGAGGAAACUGGAAAUGAGCCCUACGACAAGUGAUACCGAAUCACCAGUCAAAUCUCCACUGAAAUCCCCUGAUGGAAAAGAAAAGAAGAAGAAGAGACUCAAACUGAAGGUCAAGAUGAAGGGACUCAGAAGCAAGUCAGUAGAACAUCCAACGAGAGAUGAUGAGGAGCCAACAAUGGAGAAUCUGGGUGGUGUGGAGAACCAAGUGGAGCAAGACGGAACAGACAUACAGUCUCCUGAAGAAAUGCAACUACUAGGUGAACCUCAGGUUGUCGAGCAGGAGGAUGCCAAAAGCCAAAAGUCCACUAAAGCCAGAGAUGAAUACACAUUCCCAAGCUUAACAGGUCCUGAAAUGGAGACAGGCUUACACAGAGUAGAGUUAAUCACCUUGGAUAAAGCCCUGAAGACGACCGAUAUUUCAGAUGCUCUUGCCGAGAGCAGUCCAAAAGAGAUAAGCUCAGAAAGUGUAAAGACUGAAAGGUCGGAGUUGAGAGUAAACAUUCAGGGGAAAGAUCUAAUGGAUACUGUGAAAGAGAGCCAGAUAGAGCCAGCUAGAUCCUCUCCAGUAAGCCUAAAGGACCAAUCAACUAGUAUCAGGACCUCGGAUUCAUCCACCCAUGACAACGUUGUAAUCAGUCCCAGUGUGAUGUCCCACACAGAUUUCAGUGAUCAUCAGUCUGAUAUCAACAUCAAUACUCAGACAACAACCCAAGAAAGAACAGAAAAAAACAUGGGACAUGGAGAGAUGGAUAUGAGUAUGCCAAAAGUAGAUGUUUCACUUGAUAUGUCAGAUAUAGGUUUGCUAAGGAAGUCACCAAGAAUUGGAGGUGAAAAGCAGUGGAAAGAUAAAACAAUUAACAUUCCAGAACCCGAGAGCUAUGGGAUCCGAACCAGAGGUCCUUUGGCUGAUAUGGCAACAUCAAAGUCGACAUUUGAUGCAUUAAAUGGACUUCAGUUUACCUCUGACAGAGCUAGUGCUAGUAGUGCCCUAAAACCAGACAGUGAUUUGAAAUUUAAAGCUGUAAUUUCCCAACCUAAAUCAAGCACACUAGAUGUAUGUACCGAUAAAGGUGAGAAUAAUACAGUAGACAUAAAAGUUCCUAGAGCUUCUGAGAUACCAAUGGAAAUAAGCAUUGAUAGAGUCUUAGCAGAUGUCAGUACCACCGAGGGCAAAAUCAAAGCAGAGUUCAAACUGCCAAAAGUGGACAUCUCUGAGUCAAAUCUCUCUGACACAAUAAAGAUGACAAAAGUGGAUAAUAAAGGACUUCAACUUCCAAAUCGGGAGGAACUGGAAAUUCCAGGUAUGGAGGAUGCAACCUCAGCUGCAGCACUUCAAAUUCAGGGAAUGAAAUUACCACAGAUAAAUGAGAGUAAUGAUCCCAAACUAACUGAUGAGAUACCGGCUAAAAGAACAGAAAUUGAAUUCAACCUUGAGGAUGUGAAAGCACUUGUUGCUAAAAUACCAACAUUCAAAUUGCCAAGAAUCGAUAUGUCAGGAAUUUAUACACACAAAGAAAUCACACCCGAUUCAGAUAAGAUUCUAGCAACAGCUGAAACAUCCCCUCCUGAACUCUCAGAAGCAAAGACAGACGUGAGCCUCAAAUUGCCUGAUGAUACAGUGGAAGCAGUAAUGACACCUAUAAUUCAAAUGAAGCACCAAGAUACAACAAUCAAACUGCCAAAAGUUGAACUGCCACCUUUUGAUGACCAUGAACCAAUAACUGUAACUGGCAUCGAAGACUCAAAACCAAAGGCAAGAUCUAUUAUAACUGAACUGAAGAGCAUGACUGUGGAGGGUAAAUCAGCUGAAAUUAAAUAUAAGCUACCAAAACGUGAGGACAUAGAAAUUCCAGGAAUGGAGGCAAUAAUGAAAACAAGUGUUCAAAUGCCAGAUGUCAAGUCUGGUUUGGAGAUCCAGGAAAUUCAGAAAUCUGAUACUUCUCCGUCUCAUUCAACUGACAGAAAAAUUCAAAUACCUUUCGCCUCAGCUGCUGAUAUAGACAUAAAAGGUACAACUCUUAUAAGUGAUGGGAAAACAGAGACACUUCCCGCUGACAAGAAAAAUCGUGACAAGAAAACAAAGAAAAUAAAGAAAUCCAAGGCUAGUUUUGGAAUUGCAAAACCUGACAUUCGCUUCCCUGAUACUGGAAUUGAUUUACCACAACAAACCACAACACCUCCAAAAAUGGAUGAGAGCCAAGUCAAAGUGGAUACCAAAAUGUUCUCUGCUGGUGAUGAAGUGAAGACCAAAACACAUCAAGCGGUUUCAUUGGACAUCCAGAAGCCAGAAAUUGGCAUUAAAGGUCUGUCAAUUAAGGAAGAAAUAAAAACUUCAAAAGUGAAGGAGGAAGGUCAGAUUUCCAUACCGGAAGUAGAUAUUCCUACUGCUGACAUAAAGAUUCAUGGAAUUGGAAUCUCUCCUCCAAAAGUAAAAGGAACUGAAACAGCUGUAAUGGAUACACCCAAAACAGACAUCACUACAUCACCACCUGAGGCUAAGGUACUGACUCCAAGUGCAGAAUGCCAAGUAACCAUACCAGAGGUGGGAGAUGUUACACAAUCAACUGAUGUUAAAAGUGCAGUUAGGGAAAAUGAUGUCCCUGAGAGUGAGACUAAGGAUAUGGACAUCAAAUUAAAGAAAAGGAAAAUAUCAUUUCCAAAAUUCAGCUUCUCUAGAACUGAAGUUAAAGCGCCUGAGGUGGGCAUUACCUCCCCAAAAGUUGAUGCAAGUUUUCCAGAGACAAGUUUGGACACAAAAGACACAGAAAUAGAUGCCACAGCCCCUGAAAGUGAAACUAAAUUGAAAGAUAAAAAUAUCACUGGCUCCCCAACUAAAUUCAAACUCCCCACACUUAAAUUCCCCAACUUUGCAAUGUCUCCCCAAAAGGUCCUGCCUGAAUCUACAGUAUCUACAGAAUCUGCAAUAAAAACCUAUGAAGAUGAAAUCUUGGAGGUAAAAUUGCCAGAACACAAGCUUCCAGUGUCAGGGAAGCUACCCACUGUUGACCUGCAUACAAUUCCAAGUGCAGACAUUGCAGUCCCAUACAGGGAUACAGUAAGUCAGAUAGAGGGACCCAAGCUUCCUUCAACUGAAAUAAAAGGGCCUGAACUGAAUUUGAGCAUCACCCAGCCAGAAGUGGAAAUUCCAUCUAUGAUAACCCAAGGAAAAGAUGCACUUAAGACAGAAAAGAUUGAAGGACUAUCUGUUGAGGGAAAAACCGAGCCACCAGAAAUGGAAAUAAAGGUGCAAGAUGGAAAAAGUUUCAAACUGCCUAAAUUUGGAAUCUCAGUACCCAAAAUGAAAGGGCCUGACAUGGAUAUAAAUGUACCAAAAGCAGAUGCUGAUAUUUCACCUCUGGAAGGGAAAGCAGAUAUUGAACAAUCAGAUGUUAAUAUUCCCUCUGUGAAAGCAGCUAUUGAUAUGCCAAAGGUAGAUGUUGAGCUGCCAUCAGUUGAUCUGAAAGGUGUAAGUGCAGACACAGAUACUAAUGUUGAGGUUGAGGCCAAGGUGAGUGACACAAAACUUAAAAAAAGACGGAUUUCAUUUCCAAAAUUCAGUUUUUCUCGGUCUGAAUCAAAGGGAUCAGAUGUGGAUGUUGAACCUCUAAAAGUAGACAUCACUACUGCAAGUGUGGAUGCAAAAGUCUCAGAGACAGACAUUAAAACACUUGAGGGUGAAGCAGCACCAAAGGAUAAAAGUAUCAGCAGCUCGCCAACAAAAUUCAAACUGCCCACACUUAAAUUCCAUAAAUUUGGGAUGUCUCCCCCAAAACUUCAAACAGAAGGGAUGGAUGCAGAUGUGGUUAAUACUAUACCUGAGGAAGAAAUUCUAGAAGUGAUCGUCCAAGAACAUGAUCUAUCCGUAUCUGGAAAUGUUCCUACAAAGGAACUCCACCUCUCUUCAAGUGGAAAUGUUAACAUCUCCCCUGCUGAUGUGGAGGCAAAAAUAGAUUUACCAGAUAUCAAAAUGGAGUCACAUGAGCUGGAUCCAAAAAACACUGAAGGAAAUUCAGUGUUCAAAAUGCCCAAAUUUGGAAUCUCACUACCAAAGGUCAAAGGGCCUGAAAUAAGCAUGAGUGUAUCAAAACCAGAUGGUGGCGUUUCUGUGUCAAGGGGAAAAUCAGAAAUCCAAUCUCCUGAUGUUGAAAUUAAAACACAAUCUCUUGAAGCAGAGACAGAUAUUGGUAAUUUAGAAAGUAAAGAAACUGACAUCAAAUUUAAGAUGCCCAAGAUGUCAUUUCCAAAAUUUGGACAUGCAAAAUCAGAGAUCAAUGCAACUGAAACUGAUGUUGCACCAAAGCUAGACAUUUCUCUGUCAGAUGGGGAAGUGAAGAUCAAAGAUGAUUCAAUACUACAGGGUAGUUUAGAAAUCACUUCACCAAAAGCUGAGCAGAAAAUUGGUGUUAAAGAGACAGAUUUGGAUAUUAAAGUCCCAGAUGUAGAACUAAAGGAUAGUGCAACCCUGUCAAGUUCACCAAGCAAAUUCAAACUUCCUACUUUCAAAAUGCCAAAAAUUGGGGUUGGAGUCACAAAACAAAAAGCUGACAUAGCAGACCCAAUUGCUGAUAUUAAGUCUCCAGAAGUAAAGUUAUCCGGGGUAGAAGAUGACAUAACUAUGCCUGUGCCAUCAGAAGUAACUGCCCCAUCUAUUGAUUUGUCCCUGUCUGCCAAGACACCAGGAAUAUUGAUGGAAAAACCUGAUAUUAAGGUGUCAUUACCAAAGAUUACAAAUGAAGUUGAAGGUUCCCAGAUAUCAAGCAACUUGAAUUUACCAUCAAUAAGCCUAACUGCUUCAAAAACAAACAUAGAUAUUACAGGAACAGAAAUGACCUCUGGUGUGUCUGGUGAAGCCACUAUCUCUACAUCUGGAAAAUUGCCUUCUUAUGAUCCCCCAAGGCCCAGACCAGAUGUUGAUAUAUCUGUACCAGAUCCUGAAAUCACAUCGCCCACUAUUGACACAGAACUGCCACAAGCAGAAGCUAAACUUAAAAAACGAAGGAUAUCAUUCCCAAAAUUUGGAUUCUCAAAACCAGACAUUAAAUCUCCAGAUGUUGAUGUCACUCUUGCAAAGGUUGAUGUCUCUCUUCCAGAAGGGGAGGUCAUGGAGCCAAAAGUUGAUGUUAAUGUUCCGGAAGACAUCGAAUUAAAAGAUGGUACUGGAAUGGGAUCUCCAACAAAAUUCAAACUCCCUACUUUCAAACUACCCAAGAUUGGUGUUUCAGCAUCUAAAGGUGUGGUAGAAGUUCCAGAAGUGGAUAUAGAUGUAAAAACACCACAGGCAAGCCUACCAGAAACUGAACUGAAUGUUUCAGGAAAAGUUCCAGCUUUUGAUGGCGAAGGAUCAGGUGUGGAGUUGGAGGUACAUUCAAUAGAUGUGGCUGUAGAAACAAAAGUACCAGAGGCAGAGGGAAACAUGGCCUUAACUUUAACCAAACUUGAAGGUCCUGAAGUCCAUGUUAGUGCCCCAAAAUCAGAUUUGGAUGUUUCUCUGCCUGAAGGAAAAGUUGACGUCGAUGUUACUCUACCUCAAGGAAAAGUAGAAAUGCCUGGAGUAGAUUCCAAAGGUCUUGAUUUAAAAAUGAAGAGACCAAGUUUUUCAUUCCCAAAGUUUGGAUUUUCAAAAGCAGAGGUUAAGGCUCCAGAUGUUGACAUCCCAGAAGGAAAAGUAGAAGUUACACAGCCAGAUCUUGAUGUUAAGGUUCCAGAGGGAGAGGCUCAAUUGAAAGAUAUCAAUGUUACUUCACCAACAAAAUUCAAACUUCCCACAAUUAAAUUCCCUAAGAUUGGAGUGUCUGCACCCAAGGGAAUAGCAGAGAUCCCUACUAUUGAUAUUGAUGUCAAUGCACCUGAAGUCAGUCUGACCCAUGCUGAACUAACAAUUUUAGGAGAUAUGCCAGAAGUUGAUGUUGAAGGCCACGGGAUGGAUACAGACAUUGACACAGAUAUGAGAGUAUCUGACAUUGAGGGCCAAGAGAGCAAGUUGAAGCUUCCAAAAUUUGGAAUAUCUUUACCAAGCGUGAAAGGUCCUGAAGUAGAUGUGCAUUUUUCUAAGACAGAUUUGGAUAUUUCCCUUUCAAGAGGCACAACAGACAUCGAAACUUCACUUGAUGAAGCAAAGGGUGAUGUACCUGAUCUUAAUCUGAAAGACACUGACAUAAAAGCAAAGAAACCAGGUUUUUCAUUUCCCAAAUUUGGAUUCUCAAAACCUGAAGUUAAGGGCACAGAACUUGAUGUCAGCCUUCGGAAAGCUGAGGUGAAAGACCCAGAAAUUCAUGGUAAAAUUCCAGAGGGAAGCAUUGAAGUUAAAGAUUCCAAGAGUAUCGAUGUAAAAAUGAAGAGACCAAGUUUUUCAUUCCCUAAAUUUGGAUUGUCAAAACCAGAUGUUAAAGCUCCUGAUAUCGAUGUCAAUGUCCCAGAAGUUGACAUGUCUCUACCAGAGGGAAAAGUGGAGAUCAAAGAGCCAGAGAUUGAUGCUAAGAUUCUAGAGGAAGAUGUUCAGAGUCCAAAUAUUCACAUUUCACCAUCAAAAUACAAACUCCCAACAUUCAAAUUGCCCAAGAUUGGAGUUUCAGCACCUAAAGGGCCAGUGCAGACACCUGAACUAGAAAUUGAUGUAAAGGCACCUGAGGUCAGUUUACCAGAUGCCGAGCUUAAGGUUUCAGGGGAUGUUCCAGAGGUAGAUCUCAAAGUUCAAAAACUCAGUACAGACACAGAAGGACCUGAGGUUGAUGGACAGGGAAAUAAGUUCAAACUUCCCAAUUUUGGAAUCUCUUUACCAAAAGUGAAAGCUCCUGAGUUUGACAUGAGUGUCUCAAAACCUGAUUUGGAUGUCUCGUUGCCUGAGGGAAAAGUAGAUGUUGAUGCUCCAUUACCUGAUGUGAAGGCUGAGAUACCUGGAGUUGAUUCCAAGGCUAUUGAUGUAAAAGUUAAGAGGCCAAGCUUUUCAUUCCCUAAGUUUGGAUGGUCAAAACCAGAUGUUAAAGCUACUGAUAUCGAAGUCAAUGUCCCAGAAGUUGACAUGUCUCUACCAGAGGGAAAAGUGGAGAUCAAAGAGCCAGAGAUUGAUGCUGAGAUUCCAGAGGAAGAUGUUCAGAGUGCAAAUAUUCACAUUUCACCAUCAAAAUACAAACUCCCAACAUUCAAAUUGCCCAAGAUUGGAGUUUCAGCACCUAAAGGGCCAGUGCAGACACCUGAACUAGAAAUUGAUGUAAAGGCACCUGAGGUCAGUUUACCAGAUGCCGAGCUUAAGGUUUCAGGGGAUGUUCCAGAGGUAGAUCUCAAAGGUCAAAAAGUCAGUACAGACACAGAAGGACCUGACGUUGAUGGACAGGGAAAUAAGUUCAAACUUCCCAAUUUUGGAAUCUCUUUACCAAAAGUGAAAGCUCCUGAGUUUGACAUGAGUGUCUCAAAACCUGAUUUGGAUGUCUCAUUGCCUGAGGGAAAAGUAGAUGUUGAUGCUCCAUUACCUGAGGUGAAGGCUGAGAUACCUGGAGUUGAUUCCAAGGCUAUUGAUAUAAAAGUUAAGAGGCCAAGCUUUUCAUUCCCAAAGUUUGGAUGGUCAAAACCUGAUGUUAAAACUCCCAACAUUGAUGUCAAUCUCCCAGAAGUUGAUACAUCACUACCUGAGGGGAAAGUAGACAUCAAAGGGCCAGAGAUUGAUGCUCAGAAACCAGAGGGAGGUGCUCAAUAUAUAGAUACUAAUAUUCAAACCUCACCUACAAAAUUCAAACUCCCAACAUUAAAAUUCCCUAAGACUGGAGUUGCAACACCAAAAGGGUUGGCUGAAGCACCAGGUCUAGAUAUUGAUGUAAAGGGACCAGAGAUCAGUCUGCCAGAUGCUGAGCUUAACAUUUCAGGGAAAAUUCCAGAGGUUGACAUCAAAGGCCAACAUGUGGACACACAACUUCCUUCCAUAGAUGUCAGUGCAAGCACAGAAGGACAUGAGUUUGAUGUAAAAAUGAAGAGGCCAAGUUUUUCAUUCCCAAAGUUUGGGUUCUCAAAAUCAGAUGUUAAAGUUCCUGAAAUAGAUGCAAAUCUACCAGAAGUUGACAUGUCUCCACCAGAGGGGAAAAUGGAAAUAAAAGGCCCAGAGAUUGAUGCUAAAAUUCCAGAGGGAGAUCUUCAACAUAAGGACACAAAUAUUCAUGCCUCACCAACAAAAUUCAAGCUCCCAACAUUCAAAUUGCCCAAGAUUGGAGUUUCAGCCUCAAAAGGUUCCGUAGAAGCACCUAGAAUAGAUAUUGACGUGAAGGCGCCUGAGGUCAGUUUACCAGAUGCUGAGCUUAAAGUUUCAGGGGAUGUUCCAGAGGUGGAUCUCAAAAAUGAAAACAUUGAUGCACAAGCUCCAUCAAUAGAUGUGCAUGGACAAGCAGAGGGACCUGAAGUACCAGAGAGCAAGUUGAAACUCCCUAAGUUUGGAAUCUCACUGCCAAAAGUGAAAGGCCCUGAAAUUGAUCUGAGUGUCUCAAAACCAGACAUGGAUGUCUCUUUGCCUGAGGGAAAAGCAGAUGCAGAAGCUUCUUUGUCUGAAGGUAAAAUUGAACUAUCUGUGGUGGAUUCCAAGGGUACUGAUAUAAAGAUGAAGAGAUCAGGUUUUUCAUUCCCAAAGUUUGGAUUGUCAAAACCAGACAUUAAAGCUACAGAAGUGGAUACCAAUCUUCCAGAAGUUGAUAUUUCACUACCAGAGGGAAACGUGGAAGUCAAGGAAACUGAGCUUAAUGUGAAGGAUACAGAGGGAGACAUUCAACUGAAAGAUACAAGUACAAUCACUUCACCAACAAAAUUCAAACUUCCUACAUUCAAAUUCCCUAAGAUUGGAGUUUCAGCACCAAAGGGUGAGAUGGAUGUUGAUUUGAAAGCACCUGAAGUCAGUGAAACAGAGGCUGAACUGAAAGUGUCCAUGGAAGUUCCAACUGCUGAUGUUAAAGGCCAACCAGUGGAUAUACAGGCUGAAGGGCAUGACAUUGAAGGACAAGGAGGCAAGUUCAAACUUCCAAAAUUUGGAAUCACUUUGCCAAAAGUGAAAGGUCCUGAAAUUGAUGUAAGUGUUUCAAAAUCAGAUUUGGAUCCUUUUAUUCCAGAAGGAAAAAUGUAUGUUGAAGCACCAUCAGCUGAAGUGAAAGCAGAAAUACCUGAAGUGGAUUCCAAAGGUCUUGAUGUUAAAUCAAAGAGACCAAGCUUUUCAUUCCCCAAAUUUGGUCUGUCAAAACCAAUUGUGAAGGCUCCAGAUGUUGAUGUGACUCUUCCAGAAGCAGAUGUUUCUCUUCCUGAAGGAGCCAUAGAGGUCAAGGACUCUGGAGCAGGUGUUCAAGUUUCUGAGGGUGACAUUGAACUGAAAGACGCAAACAUUUCUGAAUCACCAUCAAAAUUUAAACUCCCCACAAUUAAAUUUCCUAAAUUUGGUGUUACAGCUCCAAAGGUAACUGCCGAAAUAGAACAUCUAGAUGCUAGUAUUAAAGGAACAGAUAUCAAUGUGCCAGACUCAGAAGGGAAAGGAGGACCAUUGUCUGUUGCUAUUACAGGCCCAAGCGUAGCUAUCAAAACCACAACAGCUGAUGUGGACAUGAAGACAAGGGGGGUUGAUGUUGAGAGACAAGAAAGCAAGCUCAAACUCCCAAAAUUUGGAAUGGGAUUACCUAGAGUAAAAGGCCCUGAGGCUAAUGAAACGAAGGCCGAUGCUGACAUUACUUUACCAGAGGGGGCAAUAGAAGUGAAAGUGGCUAGUACUGAGGUGGAUAGUUCUUCAGCUAAAGUAAAAGUAGACUUACCAGCAGUGGAUUCAAAGGGGAUUGAUGUCACUGUAAAAAAAUCAAGCUUUUCAUUUCCCAGGUUUGGGUUUUCAAAAUCAGAUAGGACCUCUGAAGUAGAUACAUCUCUACCAAAAGCAGACAUUUCUCUGUCAGAGGGAAAUGUAGAGGUUAAAGAAGCCAAACAGUCCGAAGAAGAAAAGAAGCCAGACAGUGAACUUGAGGAUGAAGUGAAGGCAGCAACUGUUAGUGGAUCACCAUCAAAAUUUAAACUUCCCACAAUCAAAUUCCCCAGAUUUGGAGUAACAGUUCCAAAAGUGGAGUCACAUGAUACAGAUGUGCAGGUGAGAGGGAAAGAUAUACCAGACAAUGAACUGCAAGUUUCUGGGGAGCCUGUUUCGAUUGAUAUUAAAGUAACGAGUACACAAGGACACAAUGCAGAUGUUGAUGUGCAGACAGUAGGAGUGGGGACAGAUGGACAAGGGAGUACGUUCAAAUUACCCAAAUUUGGAGUAUCACUCCCAAAGGUCAAAGGCUCUGAAGUACCAAAGCCAGAAGGGGAAAUUUCUCUACCAGAAGGCAAAGUGGACAUGGAAAGAGAUGUUGAGGAUUCAUCAGUUGAAACUAGAGUAGAUGUACCGAAGGUUGAUGUGACUGCAAGGAAACCUGGCUUCUCUUUCCCCAAAUUUACUUUUUCUAAACCAGAAGUCAAAUCUUCUGUGAUUGAUGGAAAGACCCCACAAGAUGAUGUUUCAAAGCCAGAGGGUAUUGCUGAGAUACAAGAUGUUACAUUAGAUGUUAAAAGUCCAGAUGGAGAAACUGCUGUUUCCUCCCCCACAAAAUUCAAACUACCAACAUUUAAACUACCUACAUUUGGAGGGGCUACAUUAAAGGGUGCUGGAGAAGUUACUGUUGAUCCUUCUCUGCCACAAGGAACAGCUGAAGUUAAAUCUGUUGAUGCAGACAUCAAUACGCCUGCAUCUGAAGUGACUAUAGACUUGACCAGCAGUGAUGUUAAUGUUGAAGCUAAGGAGGUUAAGACAAGAAUGUCAUUUCCUAAAUUUGGUUUUUCCAAAACUGCAGUUAAAGCCCCUGAGGUUGAUGUGACACUACCUAGUGCAGAUGUUACUUUACCCGAGGGAAGUGUAGAACCAGAAGUAAAUGUGAAGAUCCAAGAAACAGAGCCCAAAGGUGAGGCUGUUGUCGGGGGGUCUCCAAGUAAAUUCAAACUCCCAACUAUUAAACUGCCCAAAUUUGGUACCACUACCCAAAGACCUAACAUCGAGGCUAAUGUUACGGUUCCUGAGAUAGACAGUUCAUCAGUGAUGAUCAGCACUGAAACUGAUGUUCCAGCAGUUGAAGGAACAGUUGCCCCAGAUAGUGAAGUGUCAACACAGUCAGGAGACAGCAAAGUUUUAAGCUCACCAAGCAAAUUUAAAUUACCCACUUUCAAAAUGCCUAAGCUUAGCCUUUCAAAGGCAAAAUCUGAAGAAGAUUCUGCAACACCCACUGAGGUCAAACCCCAGGAGGACCCUCUGGAAGGAGACAAAGAGAACACACAGGUAACAGACAAAUCACCUAAGUUCACUUUACCAACAAUUCAGGAUGUUCUUCGGGGCUUUGACGUUGAAUUCCAUGUCCCCACAUUAGAUGAAACAGAUGAGCCAAAAGGAGCCUCUCAACCAGAUGAAGGAGAACUGAAGCCUGCUGCUUGUGUGGUGGAACAAGAUGUGGAAGCAUCCACAGAGGCAUCAAAGGAUAGUGAUUCAGUAGCAAAGACCAAUGGGACUGUAAAAGAGAUUGUUAAGGAAGAGCAGAUAUUAGAGCUUCAGACAGAACAGAAAUUACAGGAUACCAAGGACCCAGAUCCAAGCUCUGAAAAAGGAAGCUGGUUCAAAUUCCCUAAAUUCCCCUCACCAACCAAAUCUGUUAAACUUACAGAGAAAGAAACCAUAAAACCUAGCGAGGAACAAGAACAAAACACUGAAAGUGACAAUUUAGAGAAUGAGAUCAGUAUAACAUCUUCAGUGAGGUCAUCUGAUGCCUUUGCUGAUGAAAGCUCUGCGCCAACAACAGAACAGAUUGCACCUUCAUUGUUUUCUCCAACAAAAGUGACAGUAAAAUAUGCUGAGUCAAUCUCCACUGGCACAGGGGAUGUAACAGCUAAAAUUAUUACCUCUACUGCCAGAACUGAGCUUAUAUCUAUGGAGCCUGAUCUGCCAGAGAAAGUUAACAUUUCCUCCUCUGACAGUUCAUCUAUGGACACACUAAAACAAGAGUCAGGGGCAAUCCAUAUCAUCACAUCAAAUGUACAAGCCAUACCAGACACACAGAAAGCGACAAUUCUGAGUCAUACUGUUCAGUCCCUGCCUGUUGAGCAAGUUAUCAUUAAAACCACGUCUACACCAUGGUCAAUGAACGAAACCAGCACGUUGCAAGAGGAUAGCAUAGUGGUUGAGAAGCAUGUGAUCAAGGAGAUGUCAGGUGAGAACACGGAGACAGUGAUCAUAACACAGAAAACGUGCAUGCUUGAAGCUGACUCUGGGGAGCCCAUCAGCCAUACAGCAGCUUCGUCCUCUCAAACUUUACGAGACAUAGUGCAUAAAGAAAAAAUGAAUUUUUUUGAAAGUAGAGAGAUGCCAUUGCCAGCAGAAAGUAUUGUUGUGAGCAGUGUAACCACAGAGACACGUGUAAUCAAACACUCCACUGAGGAACACUCUGGGAAAUGAUCUCAAGAGGUCUGCAUUUGUGCACCAGUUCAUAGUAACGUUAUAUUACUUUUCAUACUUGUUUUUCAGUUGACUUACAUGACCAUACGCAGGCCUAUUACAGAUACUGUAAAGGUGUGCAGCUUUAAUUUAUUAACAAAUAAAAUUUGUUGUCCUUGUUGAUCAUGUCACAUGUGAGUGUUCAUCCACUGCCAAAACCUGUAGUAGAAUCUAUGAGAUUGAAAAGAUGGACUGUUGUCUUUUUAAUGUGCAUUACUAAUGGGUGUGGUUCUCUAUCUUAACACAAUUUACAAUGAUUACUCAGAAACCAUUCAAUUAUAUAUCAAUAAUAUGCAUUCAUUAUUAAGUUGUAGCAACAAUGAUACAGUAUAAUACAAUCCAUAUGGCUAUAAUGAAUGUUGCAGAACUUUGUUGGCUUAAAAAGAAAAUAUGCUAAAGAAAAUAUCACUUGUAUUUAAAAGACUUUAGAUAUAUCUGGGCAAAAUAUUUUAAAGCCAGAGUAGAAAGCCUCUCUGAUUUUUCAACAUAAUGUAAAAUACAAUGGUGAUAUAUUUGAUGUAAAUAAGUUGUUUUAUUAACGUUUGCAAAUAUCUUUACUGCAGCUGAUAUUAUUUUUACCCUGGCUCAAAUGAUGCAGCAUAUUUACAAGAUGAGGUUUAAUAAAGUUGUGAUGUAUA